CCUAGUUCUUCUUUGUUCCCUCGUUACACCCAAAAACUCCAAUCUCAGCACGAAACCGAGGUCACGAGAUCGCAAUCGAGACCUUCGAAUUUCUAGGGUUAGGGUUUUGCGAGCAAUCCCUACGAGCGAUGUCGGGGUACGAGGAUCGCUACGAAGAUCGGUCCUCAAGUCGCAAGCAUAGUUCCCGAGGGUUUGAGCAAGACAUGUCUAGGAUGAGGGAGAGCAAAAGAGACAGGGGAAGAGAUCGUGAACGCCAUCAUCGAGAGAACCACAAAGAUAGAAAGGAUGACAGAGGAAGAGACAGAUAUGAAGACAAUGACCAUCAUCACAGUCGAAAUAAUGGGCGGUACCAGGACAAUGAUCAUAAUAGAGAUAGAAGACAUGGGCAUAGUUUUCUCUCGAAAGAAAGAUCUAGAAAUAGAUCUCGAUCACGUUCACAUUCACCUGCGAAAAGCAAAAGGACAAGUGGGUUUGACAUGGCUCCUCCUGGUGCCACUGUGCUGCCUAGUGCUGCUGUUGCAGGUGAGCUGCCUAAUGUUCCUCAACCAAUGACUGGUCUGUUUACUCCCAUGGUUCCUCUUGCUGCCCAACAGUUUGGAUCCUUUCCAAUGAUGCCAGCACAAUCAAUGACUCAGCAGGCAACAAGACAUGCGCGACGGGUAUAUGUUGGUGGCCUUCCUCCCAUGGCAAAUGAACAGACAAUUGCUACAUUUUUUAGCCAAAUUAUGUCCAGUAUAGGGGGAAAUUCAGCUGGCCAAGGUGAUGCUGUUGUUAAUGUAUACAUAAAUCAUGAAAAGAAGUUUGCUUUUGUGGAGAUGAGAUCAGUGGAGGAAGCGAGUAAUGCAAUGGCCUUGGAUGGGAUCAUAUUUGAGGGGGUUUCAGUGAGAGUUAGAAGACCCACUGACUACAAUCCUUCAUUGGCGGCAACACUUGGACCUAGCCAACCAAGUCCUUAUCUAAACCUAGCUGCUGUUGGUCUCACACCAGGUGCUCUUGGUGGAGCUGAGGGACCUGAACGCAUUUUUGUAGGUGGUUUGCCAUAUUACUUCACAGAUGGACAAAUAAGGGAGCUACUUGAAUCUUUUGGACCCCUGCGUGGAUUUGACAUUGUCAAAGACAGAGACACAGGGAACUCCAAGGGUUAUGGAUUUUGUGUCUAUCAGGAUCCAUCUGUGACUGAUAUUGCUUGUGCUGCUCUUAAUGGGCUAAAGAUGGGAGACAAGACAUUAACUGUCCGUCGUGCUACUGCUAGUACUGGGCAAGCAAGACCAGAGCAGGAGUUGAUUUUGCAGCAAGCACAGCAUAUAGCUUUACAGAAAAUUGUUUUGCAGACUGGCAGUGCUCCAUCUUUUCCUGGAAUUGGUUCAGAGUCUAUUUCUCCUGUAACCUAUCUAACCAAAAUUGUGUGCUUAACAGAGGUGGCAUCUGUGGAUGAGCUUAGAGAUGAUGAUGAAUAUGAAGAGAUACUAGAAGAUAUGAGGGAAGAAGGCGGAAAGUUUGGUUCACUGCUGAAUGUUAUCAUACCUCGCCCCAUAUCUGGUGAGACAAUUGCUGGAGUUGGAAAGGUGUUCUUAGAAUACGCAGAUACCACAGGAUCAGCGAAAGCAAAGGCUGCUCUCCAUGGAAGAAAAUUUGGGGACAACAUUGUUACUGCAGUCCAUUACCCUGAAGAAAGUUUCUCCGUUGGAGAUUAUGGAGCGGUAACAGUGGGCUAAAUCUGCC